UUUAAGGAUGAAAUGUCUGGAGAGGAGUAUUAACUAGAUUUUACAAAAAACUAUAGGCUACUCAACAUUACAGACUCAUGUCUCAAUAUUGCACUUUGUCACAAUUCUGUAGGCCUACAUUUUGACUUUUGGCCAAUAGGAGGCCCCCUGGUAGGCUAAGUCUUACAGUUAUGGGGCAUGAUGGUUUUUAAAUAACACUACACUACUGACACUACUGCAUGUUUUCUCGGUGAACACAGAAUUUGUUCCGUUUCUAAUUGUUUUACUUGAAUUUGCUUUAGCAAGAUUGAAUAGUAGCCUAAAUAGCAACAUUGAGUCUGUCAAUUCAUCUGAUUUGACAAGUAGGGGCCUAGGCUACCAAAGACAUAGGGCCUAGGCCUACAGAAGUGAUUAAUUGGGGAGGGGGGAGCUUAAUUAAAUAAUAGCAUCAAAUAAAAACCUCUUAAAACAUUUGUGAGACACAAUUAUUAUGUGGCCUAAAUUCUGGCAGGACAUCACAGAUCCAGCGAAGUAAGCAGCCAGUAGAACCAGCAUAUCCGCGGUCUAAUCGGCAGAUAGGCUACUCUGAUCAGGUUCUGUGAACAGGUGGGCCCACCCAGCGUGUGGCGCGUCGCCGUUUUAAGGUAUAUCAGGUGUGGCGCGUUGCCGUUUUAAGGUAUCAGGUGUGGCGCUCUGAGUCUGACGGCAGUUUCAGGUGUAACAGGAAGAGCCAGAAAUAUUACUAUCGCGUCUAAAUGUAUCGACAGCAAGCAAUGCACCUGUCUGUUUUUAUGCUCUCGUCCAAAAAAAUGAAGCGCGGAGAAGUUAAUUGCUUCCACUGGAUGAAAUGAACGUGCCGUCUCUCCCUCUUACUGCAGUUGUAAUCGCUACCUUGCUGCAUGUCGUCCGUUCUCAGGGCUCUGUCCCCAUUGAGUUUGCGGAGGCCCCGGUCUUGGCUACGGCUGGACGGCCGGCGGUGUUUCAGAUCGUGACCACAGCCAACAUCUUCUCCACCUCAUGGACCUCGCCGGGAGGGGACGUUAUCGCGACCUGGACCUCAGCUGGCCCCGUGGUCAACACUGGGGACUACGAGGGCCGGGUCACCCUGACGGCCACCCGCUUCACCAUCGACCCGUCGCAGCUGCGCGACGUGGGGAACUACAGUAUCCUCGUGGCCCCCAGCCAGACUACGGGCCUGCUGCCCAACACAGGCUUCGUGGAGCUCAGGGUCUUUGAUGCGGUGGCAGACGUGAGUCUGGCGAUGACCCCGGAUGUGGCCGUAGAGGGCAGCAGCCUGAGCAUGCGCUGCUCCUGGACGGCCGGUACGCAGACCAGUGUGGCGUGGGGGAGGGGCGACACGGCGCUGUCCACGGGGGGGCGCAUCACCGUGUCGGGGGGCACCCUCUCCAUCAACCCCGCCCGACGGGACGACACCGGCGAGUACAGCUGCACCGUCAGCAACCCCGUCAGCGCGCAGACCACCCGAGCCUCUGUCACCGUCUACUAUGGUCCGGACACCCCGACUCUAACCAAGGAGUCUGCUGAUUGUGUGGGCGGAGGUGAUGCGGUGUCAGGGCAGGCGCUGCAGAUCACCUGUGAGUCCCAGUCCCUGCCCCCCGCCACCUUCACCUGGCAGCAUAACGACGAGGCCGUCUCCUCCGCCCAGUCUGGCACAGGUGCGCUCUCCGUACAGGUGUCCUCCUCGGAGCAGAGCGGCACGUACACCUGUACCGCACAGAACUCCAUCACGGGGGGCUCCGCCGCGCAGGAGGCACAGGUGUCUGUCGUGGAUACGUGCCUGAGUGGCGGGGCAGUGGCCGGUAUCGUCAUCGCCUGCUUCCUGGUGAUCCUUAUCAUCAUCAUCAUCAUCGUAGUCUUGCUGCGACAGAGGAACAUGGACAGGAGGCUGCGGGGCCUACAGAAGACAAGCCAAGACGCAGUGAACCUUCCACCUCCUGCCAACCUCCGCACUGGGCCCGGCCCUGGCCCUGGCCCUGGCCCAGACCCGCCAUUACAUAACGGUACCACGCGCCACUCUGUCUCCCAACAUCCCAACGGGACUGCCCAGACUACCAAUGGCCACGCUAACAACAGACUGAGCAGCAACAGCAACAAUGCGGCCCAACAACAACGACAACAUGGCCAACACGCCGACCAACAAGGCACGCCACAGCUGAAUGGACGGACACUGCCCAACGGGGACACACAGGGCCUUGGUAAUGGCUACAGCGGGCAGCACAAUCCAAACGUCAACCCCAACGUUGCCCUUCAGACCGGCCAAGGUCAGCCUACGGUCCACGUCAACCUCACCACCCUGCCAAGGUCCGGGCAAGGUCCAAACGACCACAGCCUGCCUCAGACUGUGAACGUCAACUUGAACACGUUCCCUCCUCCCCCAUCGCCUGCCCGUCAGGAUAGCGCCGCCCUCAGCGCGUUACCGCAGAAUAACGUCAACACUUUAACAAGGCGCAGCCACAAUCACGUCAGCAGUUCCCAUCAGCAUGGUGAUGGUCUGAUUCCGACCGGAUACUCGUACACUAACCCCGCGUUUCAGCCAGACGUGCUUGAAAACACACCACCACCACAACGUACACAGCAACAGCACACACAGCCAAGUCCCAGGGCGCAAGGGUCUCCGAGGCGUGACCCACGCCGCCACAGCGACUAUGACUCCGACCAGACACAUCAUCAUCAUUAUCAUCAGUCACGUCCGACAGACGUGAACCACGCUGGCCACCGUAGGGCGGAAAGGCAGCGCUCAGGGGACCGCAGCCUUAGUAGGUUCCCUGACCAGGAUGGCAGGCGAGCGAGGAGCGAUGGCAGUGCGAGGGACGAUGGAGGUGGUGCUGCUUCCAGCGAUGGCAGGGGCAGACGAGCAAGGGACGGCAGUGUCUCUCCAAGCGAUGGCAGGGGUCGAAGAACAAGGGACCGUAGUGUCUCUCCAAGCGAUUUCAGGGACACCACACAUCUGAUCGAGGCUGACAGAAGGCGGCACCAGAGGCCGUGGGACACGUUGCGAGGCACGCCGGCCUACCCAAACCAGCAGCAGCAGCAGGACCACCAUCGCCAUCACCAUUCCUCCUCCAGCGCCUCUGCCAGCAGUGCUGACACCCAGGCCUCUGGGCGGCAACUCAGGCCGGAGACACAGGCUAGAGACACAUCAACUGGAGGUCAGUCGCCACGGACGCCCAGACAGGCCAGGACAGAUGGUACAGAUCGGGAUCGAAGUCGAGACAGACAUCACAGUCGAGAUCGAGACCGGAGUCAAGAUCGAGACCGAAGUCGAGACCGAAGUCAAGACCGAGAUCGAAGUCAAGACCGAAGUCGAGAUCGAGACAGAGACCGAAGUCGAGAUCGCGGUCAAGACGGCGAACGAGACACCUGGAGAGGCAGCGAGCGAGACAGGAGAGACCACAGCCCUGCGUUCAUGGACCCCAACGCGUCGAGACAGAGAGCCCAACAGCAGCCCCUUUGGCAGGUCCCUAGUUCUCAGCCGCAAGUGGUGAGCAGCCAGCAGCGCCGUAGCCCGCCUCCGUACGGACAUGCCGUGUCCCAGAGCCGAAGAACACCAGAUCCGGCUAACCAAGUCCAAAGCCAAAGCCACGUGCCGCAGGUUAACCAGGCUGAGCGGGCACAGGGCACCCAAUCACAGGUGCCUAUCCAGACUGCUGCCACUGCUGCUGCUGCUGCUACCGCCGCCGCCGCCAUUGCUGCACAGAGAACUAACCCUCAACCGGAUCCUCUAACCAGGUCGGGCCAGAACCCGAGCCCGCUCACCCAGGACGCUCUACAGCACCACACGCGGCACACUCACAACCCCUUCGCCAGCCGGAACCAGCAGACUCAAGCUGCGCUGCAACAUCCGGGUCAACAGCCACAGGCCCGCCAGCCCCACCAGCAGCAGCCCCAGCAGAACCGGGUCCAACAGGCUGCCCAGGUCCAGCAGCCCGCCACAGCGACCCAGAACGGCACCGGAGAGACCCGGAGAGCCCCGACGCCACCGCCAGUGCUGCACCCCCAACAGUUCCAGACGCUGCCCAAGGAGCGCGUGCAGCAGCCUCAGCAGCAGCAACAACAGCAGCAACAUCGGCAUCCUCCACAGCAACAGCCGAGGCGCCCCCCUCAGCAUCAGCAUCAGCAUCAGCACCACACGGGGCAUCCAGGUCAUCCCGUGCAUCAUCAGCAUCCUCCUCCGCAGCAUCAGUUCGCCAGGCCGGUCGCCGUGCCUCCUCCUCCCGGCGUGGUGAUGGUACCCAGCAGGCAUCCGGUGCACGUGCCCCCGGGCCACAGACCACCUGGUGCCCACCACAAAGGCAAUACGAGGCACGUGCCAGGCGACCCUCACAGGAACCCGGCCCAUGCCCACCUGCAUGCUGACCUGCAUGGGCACGCCAUUGGGCAUCGCCCUCCUCCCGCACACCUGAGGCAGGCCCACAAUGGCAAGCCAAGGCGGUGACAUUGCUGGAUGAUCGCAUCGCUGCUCUACAGAGAGUAGUUGCUGUCUUUCACCAGCAGGGGGCAUGUCAUGGACUUUCAGGAGAGUGAAGACUCGUACUUGGGUUCUUCCCAAUAUCCUGACCCUGGGUGCGUUCCAAUAUGCGACCUUGCAUCCUCCACUUGUGCUUGUGGCCUCGGAACAGGAAGUAAUAUGUAAUGAUGACAUCACUGACAACAGCAUUAUAUUUCAAUAUCUCGCAAAAGCUCAAUUGUAAAGUCAUUUUCUUAUUUGCAAACUGGAUGGUGAAUGAAGAAUAGUCCCCCAAACAUUGUUUUGGCUAGGCUGACAGCUGGGAAACGUAAUUGUUUUUUCCACGGAGGAGGGACAAGGAGGCGGGGCGAGGCCACAAGCCCCAGUGGAGGACGCAAGGUCACAUAUUGGAACGUACCCCCGCAAAAACUUUUUGGGGGACUUUUCACCAUUCAACAUUCCGAUUGCAAAAGAGAACAUGACCUUUUGAAUGGCAGAUUUUAGAGAUAUUGAAUUAUUUAACUUCUGUCAUUAAUGAUGUUUUGCGACAUCAUCACGAGGCUACAAGCACUUGGGGAGGAUGGGAGGUCAGAUGUUGGAAAGACACGAUGUACCCUACAAGGACUUCUCUCAGGCACCAUAGUUGCCAGUGGUUACCAUAGUUCCUCGUCAUCACUUCAGGAGCUGGUUCUCCCAGUUUGUCACAAGAAAUCCACCCUGGCCAACAGAGAGACAAACAGCGAUGUUUGUCAUUCUUGUCAACAUGCAUGUACUGUGUGACAUUGAGAAGAUACAAUCUGUCUUUUGAGAGUCAUCACAAAUUACAUGUAUUUCAGGGCCAAGGAAUGUCAUACAACUAACUACUGAAGCACUUUUAUUUGAAAAUACUGUAGUAGUCUGUGCCACUAUGAAAUGGUGAGCAGGCAAUGUUAAAGCCAGGUGAAGUCAAGUGCUUAUUUACGAUAUUUGUUUUAAUGUUGACAAAUGGAGGAAAAAUACAAAGUAUAUUUUUUGUAUAUAUUUUACAGAUGGGAAAUGUUUAUGAAUAUUUUAAUAUAUUGCAAUAUUGUUUUAUAUACUGUAACAUUGUAUUGGAGCACAAUGAAUGUUUACCAACAACGUGAUUUUUCAGAUUGUAUGAAGGCACUCUGGGUAUUGUAAAUAAAGGCUGCCUGCUAUUUACAUUGAGA